GGUUGUGCUGCAAAUGGCGAUGAGAGAAGUGAUUUCACAUGCAUCUGCUGUGGUUGACGACAAAACCCUGUACUUACAAAAAAAAACAGCACAGGAAGACUAAACAAAGUGCUGCAAUAGCAAUGAGAGCAGUGAAUCUCUCCUGCCAUGCCAUUUCCUCACUGCAAUAUAUAACAUAACACAUAACAUAAACAGUAGGCAGAAGAAGCUUUUACUGCAUAUGAUGAGGGGCUGUUGCAGUAGUUUGCAUUUGGUUCUCGUCUUGGUGUUGCUGUUGCACUUGAGGAUGAUGGUAGUUGCCAAGAAUCAGAAUGAAAUCCUCCCUGUGCCUUCAUCAUCUACCCUCCACAAUGGCGUUCAGACUGCUAAUGAGGGGAAAGCUGAUUGUGGGAAGGAGGAAGAAAUGUUUGCGGCAGAAGACGAGUGCCAAAGAAAGAGUUCAGAAGCAGAACAUGGCCGGAAGCGAGGGGGAGAAGACGAAGCAGGGGAGAGCUUCUUGGCUGAUGAGGAUUACAUCUACACACAGUCCAUUGCACACCCUUGAUUCGAGCCUUUUGUGGUAAUACGACGCAACUGGGCACUGUACAUAAGCUCUCUGUAGUGUUCGUUGUUGUUUUUUUUUUUUUUUCCCCAGAGUAUCGAAAGUUUUCACUGCUGUUCGAGGCUCUUAAAUUUUGUUCCUUCAUGCCAACAUCUCCCAGGAGAUGCUUUUGCUUAUGAGAAUAUGCAAUUAGCUACUCAAAGACUGGUAUGAGAAAAUGCAGACGAUUUUGAUUUGCGUAGAGAAAAUGCAGAGAGAAUCAUUUGCUUAUGAUUGUCAUACUUAGUAGCACAGCAGCAACAGUGCCCGGGAAGAUGCUGUCCAUGUUCUCUAGCUACAGAAGCAAAAACUGGACACUGUUGCUGCAAAAUUAGACGAAAUGAGGACUCAUGGAAUGAUCAUACAUGGAACCAAUCGCGAGCAAGUAUUUCAUAAACUGUAGCAGAGUCUCUUCUCCCAGUGGAGAGUACAUUACAACAACAGAAUCAGUUUCCUGUAUUCCGAAUUUCUGAUUGAUGGAGAUAUUACAGUGGGAGACACCACACACACACGUCUUACACAGCUGAGCAUCUCAUGAUUCAUAAGAUGAUAAUUCCGGCGUUGCAACUACAUUCUACAACCUCGCCAAAUAUACAAUAUACUAAGAAUAAGGUU